GCUCAGCUCGACAAGCUCGUCAUCUCACAGGUGGGAUUCUUGGCGCAGAAGAGGCUCGCCCGGGGCGUCAAGCUGAACCACAGCGAAGCAACGGUACGCAGGCACUACCUCAUCUCUUUCUCCUCCUGUUCCAAUACCUUCUCGCUGUCUCACUCAGCUUCAACGCCUACCUUACCUUACCUGACUCAAUGCUCACUCACCUCCACGUCUCAGGCCCUCAUCGCAAACAACCUCCAGGAGCUCAUCCGCGAUGGCAACCACACCGUCGCAGACCUCAUGGACCUCGGCUCGACCAUGCUCGGCCGCCGCCACGUCCAGCCCUCGGUCUGCGCGACCCUGACCGAGAUCCAGGUCGAGGGCACCUUUCCCACCGGCACCUACCUCGUCACCGUCCACAACCCCAUCCGCACCGACGACGGCGACCUGGCUCGCGCCCUCUACGGCAGCUUCCUGCCCGUCCCGGACGCCGACCUGUUCCCCCUCGCGGCGCCCGAGGAGUACGAGGCCACGGCGCGGCCGGGCGUCGUCGUCGCCGUCAAGGGCAAGCUUGCCCUCAACCAGGACCGCAAGAGGAUCAGGCUCAAGGUGACGAGCAAGGGCGACCGGCCCAUCCAGGUCGGCUCACACUACCACUUCAUCGAGACGAACCCGCAGCUGGACUUUGAUCGCGAGAGGGCCUACGGCUUCCGGCUCGACAUCCCGGCCGGCACCUCGGUCCGCUUCGAGCCCGGCGACACCAAGACGGUGACGCUCGUGGAAAUCGGCGGCAACAGGGUCAUCCGCGGAGGCAACCACAUGGCGACCGGCGGCCUGGAGCUGUGGCGAGUCAAGGACAUUGUCGAGAAGCUGCAGCAGGCUGGCUUCUCGCACACGCCCGAGCCGCAGGCCGACGCCGCUCUCAUCGAUGCCUUCCAGAUUGACCGCGCUGCGUAUGCCACAAUGUUUGGCCCUACGACGGGCGACCUCGUCCGGUUGGGGAACACCAGCCUCUGGGUCAAGGUCGAGAAGGACUACACCGUCUACGGAGACGAGUGCAAGUUUGGCGGCGGCAAGACGCUGCGUGAGGGCAUGGGACAGGCGACGGGACGCCUGGAUGCGGAUUCCCUGGACAUGGUGGUGACCAAUGCCCUCGUCAUUGACUGGACAGGCAUUUACAAGGCCGACAUUGGCGUUAAGAACGGUCACAUUGUGGGCAUCGGCAAGGCGGGCAAUCCCGAUGUCAUGGACGGCGUGACCCCGGGAAUGGUCGUGGGCAGCUGCACCGAUGUCAUUGCGGGCGAGGGCAAGAUUGUGACGGCCGGCGGCAUCGACACGCACAUUCACUUUAUAUGCCCGCAGCAGGCGAAUGAGUCUCUUGCGUCUGGAAUCACCACGUUGCUUGGCGGCGGCGUGGGACCCAGUGCUGGCACCAACGCGACAACGUGUACCCCUGGAAAGAAUUACAUGCGCCAGAUGCUCCAAGCCUGUGACGAGCUACCUGUCAAUGUGGGCAUCACCGGCAAGGGCAAUGACAGCUCUCCCGUUGCCCUUCGUGAACAGGUCACCGCCGGAGCGUGUGGCCUCAAGCUGCACGAGGACUGGGGCAGCACUCCCGCAGCCAUUGACUCCUGUCUGACGGUCUGUGACGAGCUCGACGUCCAGUGUCUGAUCCAUACCGACACGCUCAACGAGUCCGGCUUCGUCGAGUCCACCAUCGAAUCCUUCAAGGGCCGCACCAUCCACACGUACCACACCGAAGGCGCCGGCGGCGGCCACGCCCCGGACAUCAUCUCCGUGGUCGAGCACCCCUACGUGCUCCCCUCGUCGACCAACCCGACCCGGCCCUACACCAACAACACGCUCGACGAGCACCUCGACAUGCUCAUGGUGUGCCACCACCUGUCCAGGGACAUCCCCGAGGACGUGGCCUUUGCCGAGAGCCGCAUCCGCGACAAGACCAUCGC